UUACAUGUUAACGCACAGGCAUCAGUCCUUGUGUUCCGCGAAGACUGUGGGAUGAACAUUCGUCUGACAAACUGCAGAACGACAGCACGGAUGGUAACGCUUAAUAAGAAAUACGAAAACGGCGUGGUCGUGUCACGUGACGCCAUGGUGGUGAACGUCUUGUAUGAAGUCAGAGUAGACGACAUAGGUCAGAGAAACACGAUUUACCUGGGUGUGACGGGAACCCCUCACGCUGAUCUCACUGUCACCAAUUUUUACGAGGACAUGAAGGACUCCGUCAUCAUCACGCCUACUGGGAUCCUGCGCAAGGAUUCUACGGACAAGAAUAAUGUCGGUAAAGCUCUAAAGUCCAUCAAAGUCGGCAGUCGUGUUGGAGUGAUGGUAGACUCAUCAAAGAGCCUCCAUCUUUAUGUCGACGGUCACUACCAGGGAGUUGCACACAAAUUUGUCAGGCAGCCCUGCUUCGCCGUCUUUGAUCUUCGCGAAAACGGAAUUCAGGUAACUGCCCUUCCCACGUCUAGGUGGGUAUGACGCACAUGAAAGGAAAAUACAGGGUGUACAAUAAUAACAGCGAUAAUAAUUAUAUGUCUGAACUCCCCAUCGACAUGAGAGAUCAUUAGUUCCAAUAACCGUUGCAAAUUUGUGUGUUUCGUCAACUGAAAGAUGUAGUAAACAAAAGUAAACAG